ACUUUUUUACAAGAUAGAUAACAUAUAUACUCUUUUCUCUAACAUACUUAGAAUUACGGUCUAUGCCGAAAUAUUGCAUUACAGCGUUCGACCGGUACCCGCUUCUUUACCAGCCUCCUCAUUGGAGAAGGUUCAUCUGUUGAGUCACAGGUAUCGCCGCCAAUUGGCAACGUGUAGGUCGCAGUACCAGAAAAAGAAAUUGCAUUGUUACUCGUUUAUACUUCGAAUCUACCAGCCUUAUGAUUGGAUACAUCGGCCCGUUUGUCGUGGCGCGCAAGGAGAUAAAUGUAACCGGUAAACAGACGGGUAGGAGAAAAAAAGUACACUCGCCUCAAGCCAAAGUUCGAUUUCUUCCCGCCGUGACACGGCCCGCUUUCCUCUCCUGGGGUUUCAUCUCUCCUCCCAAUUCCAUCGCCCUCUUCGAUCGAAUCCUGCGCCGAUGUAGUCUCCUCCAGCCGGAUGCUCACGGCGGGGCCACGAACAAGCCGGCGGCGGCACCGUCUUGGUGGACGGCAGGCAAGCACGCGACGAUGCACGAAGUUGGGAUCAACGCAAUAGAAGAGGGCUGCUUGACUUCCAAUAAUUUCUCUGCUGCUUUGGUAAAUAAACUUCAAUUGCAUUUGAGUUGGAACGGUUCUACUUAUUAUGUGCUGUGUCCAGAGCUGAUCAGGAUGACAGGGGGGACAUGGCAAACAUUUCCUAGAGCACCAAAGCAGAUCUGUCAUGUGAAGAAGAGUGACGAUGCUUAUUUCUUUUUGGUCAGAUAGCACUGUUCUUGUGAUAGACAAAUCCAUGCUGCUUCCUUCUUCAAUGCAGUGAUGACAGGUGCUAGUAACUAGACGAUGGGGUUACACAGGGCAAGCACCUCGAGAAAGUAGACUCCAGAUUUCUAGUUCUCUUGGGUGCUUUAGGUCGUCAGCUUUUGUUGUUUAAGUUUAUUGCAAUCCAAUCAAUCACUUUUUUUUUGUUUUUCUCUUCAUAAUCUCAUACUGUCUGUCUGACCAACUGGAUUAUACUGCAUUAAUUGUAUUCUAAGCUUCACAA